AUGGCGUGUCCCAUGAGGUCGGUGAUCGACGAGUCUGCAGGCCAAGAAGGCAGCCAUCUUGGCAACGAGGCGGGCAUGCUGUACGGAGAGUACCUGAUGCUGGACAAACUCCUCACCUCGCAGCGGAUGCUGAGCGCCGAGUCCUCGAAACCGGUGCACGAUGAGCACUUGUUCAUUGUCACUCAUCAAGCAUACGAGCUCUGGUUCAAGCAGAUCAUUUUCGAGGUAGACUCCGUGCGUGCUCUGCUCGACGUAGAAGGGUUGGAUGAAGGGCAUACAAUGGAAAUUCUGAAGAGGCUCAACAGAGUGGUGCUCAUUUUGAAGCUGCUCGUGGACCAGGUCAUGAUUUUGGAGACCAUGACACCACUCGACUUCAUGGACUUCAGGAAUUACCUGCGACCGGCCUCAGGGUUCCAGAGCUUGCAGUUCCGACUUCUGGAGAAUAAGCUCGGGCUCAAGCAAGCGCUGCGUGUCAAAUACAAUCAGAACUAUCAAACGGUCUUCGGCGAUGACCCUGAAGCAAUGGAGGCUUUACGUAAAUCGGAGGAAGAGCCAGCGCUGCUCGCGUUGAUAGAGCGCUGGCUUGAACGAACACCAGGCCUCAAUAUCCACGGCUUCAACUUCUGGGGGAAAUUCCAGGCCGCCGUCAACAAGAUGAUUAAAGAGGAUAUAGACGAAGCUAUGCGCGACCCGAACGAAGGCGUCCGACGCCAUCGGCUGCAAGACGCCGAAAACCGUCGCGAGAUCUACCGCUCCAUCUUCGACCCGGUUGUACACGACGCUCUCCGCUCACGUGGAGAGAGGAGGUUGUCUCACAGAGCGCUCCAGGGCGCUAUCAUGAUUACAUUCUACCGCGACGAGCCCAGGUUCUCGCAACCCCAUCAGCUCCUAACCCUUCUCAUGGAUAUGGACAGCCUCAUCACGAAGUGGCGUUAUAAUCACGUGAUAAUGGUGCAAAGGAUGAUCGGCUCGCAGCAGCUCGGAACUGGUGGUUCAUCCGGCUACCAAUAUCUUCGGUCCACGCUAAGCGAUCGCUACAAAGUGUUCCUUGACCUGUUCAACUUGUCGACGUUCCUACUCCCUCGCGCGCUCAUCCCACCGCUGGACGACGGGAUGAAGCGAAGCCUCAACCUCACUUGGGGCGAGCACAUCAGAGAGAACGGGCAGAAUGGCCAGAACGGUUUUGACGCUUCGCUA